CAUGAGCAGCUUCAGCAGAUCGCCGCACACGCGCGCCCCGCUCCUGCCCGACUACAUCCCCCUCAUCUCGACGAGCACCGCCUCCUCCUCAUCAACAAGAAGUCCGCACCACCCGCACCGGCGACGCCUGGCCGUGCUACUAGCAGCAGCGGCCCUCGUCAUCCUGUGGGCGUCGCUGCACCGCACCGUCCACCUCGAGAGCGGCCCCGCCUACUCGACCGACGGCACCCUCCUCGACUCGGCGCGUCGACCCGGCAGCUUCGACCUCGCGCCAGACCCAGCAGAGCAGCUCGUCGUCGUCUACAACAGCACUUCCCGACACUCUCCCUACCGUCCCCGCCGUCCCUGCAACGCCCUCACUGCCUCGCUCGUCGCCCUCUCGCCCAACUCGUCCGCCCAGCGCUUCCUCUCGCCGUCCCCUCCUCUCCCGCCAAAUACGCCCCUCUCGACUCGUCUCGACGACUGGCUCUCGUCGCCGCUCGCGCCGCCCGAGCUGUGGACCCAGUUCGGCCGGCAGACGUGCGGCAACCCGUCGGUGCGCCGCAACGCCAACCGGCUCCACGUGCGCGACAGCGAGGCGACAUGGGCCCAGAUGGACGUCGAGCGCGUGCGAGGGAUCCGCGAGGAGCUGUCGGGUGUGCUGCGCCGGGCAGAGGAGGAGGGGCGGCUCAGUCGGUGGGCGAGCGAGGAUUCGAGCGGGACGAGGGGCAUUGUGUGGACGGCGGGCAACGCCGACACGUUCGACCGAGUUUUGACGUCGCUGCGCCUCCUCCGCCACUCGUACAACUGCACCCUCGCCGCACACGUCGUCCACUUCCCGUCCGAGUCGCCCUCGCCCGAGCAGGUCGCCGAGUUCGCCAUCCUCAACUCGACCGUGAGCUCGCUCGACUCGGUCUCGAAGGACGAGCAAGGCGGCCGCGCCAAGUCGUUCCACCUCAAGGGCGCCGCACUCGUCCAAGCGCCGUUCGACGAGGUCCUCCUCCUCGACUCGGACAACAUCCCCGUCCGAGAUGUCGCGUCCUUGUUCGACAGCCCUGAGUACCUCGAGAUGGGCGCCGUGCUCUGGCCCGAUUUCUUCAAGGACCAGCCCGAGAACGGCAUCUGGGCGAUCCUCGGCGUGCAGUGCCGCGACGAGUGGUCGACCGAGUCGGGCCAGGUCCUCAUCCGCAAGUCUCGGCAUCUCGAUGUGCUUCCUCUGGUCGAGCACAUGCUCCUCGACUGGCCCUUCUGGUUUCGCUUCAGCGACGGCGACAAGGACCUGUUUCGUUACGCCUUCCUCGCGUUGCGCAAGCGCUGGGCCGUCCCGGCUCGGCAUCUCUCGUCGGCGUCGUGGACCGACCCGGGCAUGCUCGGCAGCCAGAAUCGCGAGCGCUUCGCAGGCCACUCGAUGGUCCAGUACGGCAUGGCGAGCGAGGUCGACGGCGCAGGAGACGUGGGUGGGAGGGUCAUGUUCGUCCACGCGAACCUGCUCAAGAGAGUGCUCGGCAAGCUUCACGACGGCAACACGUGGGGUCGCACGCUGCGCCUGCGUCUGCCGCGUCGCUCGCCGCCGUCGCCGGACUCGCCCGCGCACGAGCCUCUCUCGGCGCCCUUCCUCCUCACCGGCGACGCGCUCGCCAACGUCUCGCCCCUCACCGGCCUCGGCAUUCCGAUCUCGAUCCCUUCUUCUUCCUCGUCCUCCUCGAGGCCCGUGCCGCGCUCGGUGCGCUCGCGAGCGGCUCUCGAGCGCGGCCUGUGGAUGCGCUUCUGGUCGGGCCACAUCGGGCGCGGCGCGUACGUCCUCGCCGUCGACAGCGCGUGGGAGGACGAGCUCGCGCUCGGGGCAGCGUGGGGAGAGGGCGAGGGCGACAGGGGCGUGGGAGAAGGAGAAGGAGCCGAGGCGAGGUAUCGAGAGGGUGAGGAGGAGCAGGACGAGUGGGCGCAGUGGGUCGAGCGCGAGCGAGUCGCGCAGUGCGGCGACGGCGACGACGGUGCGCUCGCGCUGCACGACGAGCUGCUCGGUGCGGACGGGGCGGCAGAAGCAGCGGCGACGGCAGGCAUGAUGGAGGUCGUCUCGUGGGCCGACGACCCGGACCUGCGCGAGUUCGAGGCGCGGUAUUACGGUGUCGGGAGGGGCAAGGCUGGCGGGACGGGCUUUCGGUGAGCGCGCUAGAGCGCUUUCGAGUGUAGCGAGCGCGCCUGUAUCUGUCUCUCGCGUUCAUUCU